AUGGAAACUCUUUCUUAUGGAUCAGCACCAUGCUGUCCAGUUGUGAACUCAAAGUGGAAAUUGGUAAAGAGUUUGAAUUUACGUCAAUCAAUAGUUUCCUCGGUAGGAAAACAUGGGGUUUAUUACACCAACACUAUUGCUACAUGUGGGUCUGUGAGGUUUUAUGACAUGGGUCGGGUGCAGCUAAGAGGAUUUAAAAGGCUCAAUUUCAAAGUUUGCAGUGGAAGUUAUGAUGGUUAUGUGAUUGAAAAGGAAGCAAGGGAUAUUUCAGGGAUAGAGGAGCUUGCACCAAAGGUUCUGAUUCAAGGUCUACCCGAUGGUUCAAAUGGUGAAUCCGGUGCACCAAUAAGUAGUUGCUUUUGGGGAUGGAAGCCUAAACUCAACGUGCACUAUGAGAAGGCAGGGUGUGCAAACGUGGAUUCUCCUCAUGUUCUCUUUCUACCAGGUUUUGGUGUUGGCUCUUUCCAUUAUGAGAAGCAACUUAUGGAUUUGGGGCGUGACUACAGAGUGUGGGCUCUGGAUUUUCUAGGCCAAGGUAUGUCUUUGCCUUUUGAAGACCCUGCCCCUCUGUCUAAGAAAGGAGCUGCAUCAAAUGGAAGUAUUUCUUCAUGGGGUUUUGGCGAUGAAACUGAACCGUGGGCUGCUAAGCUUGUGUACUCAGUUGAUUUGUGGCAAGAUCAAGUCCGUUGCUUUGUAGAAGAGGUCAUUGGUGAACCAGUUUAUCUGGUGGGAAACUCACUAGGAGGAUUGGUUGCAUUAUACUUUGCAGCUUGCAACCCACAUUUAGUGAAAGGUGUCACAUUGCUUAAUGCAACACCUUUUUGGGGGUUUCUGCCUAAUCCAAUAAAAAAUCCAAGACUAGCCAAAAUAUUUCCGUGGGCUGGAACAUUCCCCCUACCUUCAAGUAUAAAGAGACUUACUGAGUUGUUGUGGGAGAAAAUUUCUGAUCCUAAAAGUAUUGCUGAGGUACUUAGUCAGGUUUAUGCAGAUCACUCAACAAACGUAGAUAACGUUUUUUCCCGCAUAGUUGAAACAACAAGGCAUCCAGCUGCUGCAGCUUCAUUUGCUUCAAUAAUGUUUGCUCCUCAAGGAGAACUAUCCUUCAGUGAAACAUUAUCCAGAUGUCGAGGAAACAAUGUGCCAAUCUGCCUCAUGUAUGGAAAAGAAGAUCCUUGGGUGGGACCAAUUUGGGGACUCCAGGUCAAAAGGCAGGUACCUGAAGCUCCAUACUAUCAAAUCAGUCCUGCUGGUCACUGCCCUCACGAUGAAGUUCCUGAGAUCAUAAAUUUCUUACUUCGCGGGUGGAUCAGAAACUUAGAGUCUGAGGGUUCUGUGUCAUUACCAUUGCUUGAAGAUGUAGACAGUUUGAAGCACACUGUCAUUGAUAGGGAAUUAGAAUUUCCCAGAGAAGGUUCAAGAAGGUCAGUGAUGGUCAGAUUUUUGGCUUCCAAUGUUUCACUUUGGGACAGGAUAAGAUCUUUCAUCAAAUUUCAAUCCAAGUUCAAUAACAUUCUGGCACCCAAAUCUCAAUGA